CAUGGCGGUAAUUGGCCAUUUUGAUGGAAUGGAUAUGAAACGAGGAGGUUCGAUUUGCCAGGCAGUCGAUUUUUAUCUCGUAUCUCAUUUAUCGUUAUCGAAUAGAGUAAAGCAAUGGGUUUUCGACCUAAGGAAUAUAAAAUUGAUUAAUGACUUUAAAAGAGAUCCAAAAGUAUUAUGGAAUAGAAGAGUAUGCUCUGACCACUUUUCGCCGGAUGCUUACACUUCUAAAGAUGGUAAUAGGCUACUACCAACAGCAAGACCUUUAAUAGAUAAAAGGAUGAUUCCUAACAUUCAAACUACUGAUCUUUUUAUAAACAUUGCUAAGUCAAAAGCAGCAGCGUCUGAUAAUCCUGUUAUUGAUACGAAACAAAUUGAAGAGAAGAACAUGUUCGGUUGUGAAAGUUGA